AUGGCGGGCCAAAAUCAAGAUAUAAAUAUUUCUACUGCUGAUGGCUCUCAAAAAAGUGAUAAACCUCAAAAUACACAACUAUAUCCUACUCAAAGUGCUCAAGACAUACAGCAGCAUCCUUCUCAGGAGCCUCAAGAUACUCAACUUUAUCCUCCUCAUAAUGCUUGGGCGAAUCCACCUUCCCAAUUAUCUUAUAAUCAGCCAUAUGAGCAAUAUAAUCCUCAAUAUCAACAACAGCAGCAACAAUUAAACGCUUAUGAUAAUAAUCCAUUUUAUGAUAAUGGUACAUUCAAUCAACCUACUGCUGGUCAUUCACAGGUGCCAAGUGGUGGUAUUGCGAAUACUUAUGACCCAAAUUAUAAUCAAACUACAAAUUUCAACCAAAAUGCGGAUUAUAAUACAAAUGUGUAUAAUCCUAACUACAAUCCAUUUCAAAAUCAAAAUUUUAAUACCUACGAUUCAAUAAAUCCAUAUGGUGCUAAUGCUUAUAGUAAUACUGGUGAAACUGGUAAUAACUUUAAUGCAUAUGGUGGAACGAAUGCAUAUACCACUGGUGCUGAUACGAAUGCUUAUACCGGAUUUGGAACGAAUACCUAUACAACUGGUGCUGAAGCAAAUACUUAUAGUAGUAGUAUUGGUACUGAAACGAAUACUUAUACCACUGCUGCUGGAACAAAUGCUAACAAAAAUACUGGUGGUAAUGAGAAUAAUAAUAGCACUACAAUAAACACAGAAGCUAUUGCUGAAAAAAAAGAAAAUUCAAAUGAUAAUAAUGUAUCAGUAAGUCUUGCGUCUGCUGUGAAUCCUGGGGUUGAAACUACUGAUCCUUCAAAAUUGAACCCCCCUGAAAAACCUGAAAAGAAACACAGACCAAGUGGGAAAAGGUUCUUUUUUAGGUUAUCGACUUUGGUGGCUAGUGCCGGGGCUCUUGGAUUUAUUAUUGGCGCACCGUUGUACUCAAAACAAGGGACGCCAGUUGAGGCAAACAAAUUUGCGAUAUAUUUCUUAUAUGUUGUAUCUGGACUUUCUAUAUUAAUUUCUUUAUAUUUCCUUGUACUUUAUUGCGUACGUCGCUGGAAUGAUGCUAAAAAAAUAUCAAGAAUUUUAUUACAUAUAAUUGAUUUUGUGUUUGCUGCAAGCUUCGGUGUUUUAAUGGUUUUCAUGAUUAAGGAUUUCAGAUGCCCUAUUAAUGGCCGUGAUGGAUGGUGUGACUUUUACAAUACUAGUAUUUUCUUCACGGUGUUAUGUUGU